AUGCCCACCUUCGGGCUUUCUCUCCUGGAGGCCCGGCCCACUGCCCCUGAAGCCGUUGCUGAGAGCAAGCUGAAGCUGCCCACCAUCAAGAUGCCCUCCUUUGGCAUUGGGGUCUCGGCACCUGAGGUCAAGGGGCCUGCCGUGAAGCUCCCCAAGGCCCCUGAGGUCAAGCUCCCAAAAGUGCCAGAGGCAGCCCUUCCAGAAGUGCAGCUCCCAGAGGUGGCACUUCCGAAAGUGUCAGAGAUGAAGCUCCCAAAGGCACCCGAGAUGGCGAAUGGAGCUUUCCAGAAGGUGCAGCUGCCAAAAGUGUCUGAGGAUGAAGCUCCCAAAAGGGUGCCGAAGAAUGGGCAGUGCCCGAGGUGCGACUCCCAGAGGGUGCAGCUCCCAAAAGUUUCUGAGAUGAAGCUCCUAAAAGGUGCCCGAGAAGGGUUGUGCCGAGGUGCGAUUGCCAGAGGUGCAGCUCCAAAAUUCUCAGAGAUGAAGCUCCCAAAGGUGCCCGAGAUGACAGUGCCCGAGGUGCGACUCCCAGAGGUGGCACUUCCGAAAGUCUCGGAGAUGAAGCUCCCAAAGGUGCCCGAGAUGGCGGUGCCCGAGGUUCGACUGCCAGAGGUGCAGCUGCCAAUCUCAGAGAUGAAGCUCCCAAAGGUGCCUGAGAUGGUGGUGCCCGAGGUGCGACUGCCAGAGGUGCAGCUGCCAAAGGUGUCAGAGAUCCGGCUGCCAGAAAUGCAAGUGCCAAAGGCCCCAGAUGUGCAGCUUCUGAAGGCACCUGAGAUGAAGCUGCCCAAGGCUCCAGAAGUGCAGCUAAAAGCUGCCAAGGCAGAGAAGGUAGAGGGGGUGGAAUUUGGCUUCAAGAUGCCCAAGAUGACCAUGCCCAGAUUCGGGAGGGCAGGGUCCCCGUCACGAGGCAAGUCAGGCGAGGCAGGGGCUGAGGUCUCAGGGAAGCUGGUGACACUUCCCUGUCUACAGCCAGAGGUGGACGGCGAGGCUCGUGUGGGUGUCCCCUCUCUCACAUUGCCCUCCGUGGAGCUAGACCUGCCAAGAGCACUCAGCUUGGAGGGGCAGGUUCCAGUGGCUGAAGCGGGCAAGGUGGAGCGAGCAGAACGCAAGGUAGCACAGGCAGAGGGCAAGGUGGAAUGGGCAGAGGGCAAGGUGGCAGCAGGGGUUGGGGAAGUGGCCUUCCGGAUGCCCUCUGUUGAGAUCGUCACUCCACAGCUGCCCACAGUGGAAGUCGAGGAAGGGAGGGUAGAGGUGAUGGAGAUGAAAGUCAAACCCACCUCCAAGUUCUCCCUGUCCAAGUUUGGACUCUCAGGGCCAAAGGUGGCCAAGGCAGAGGCUGAGGGGGCUGGGCGAGCCACCAAGCUGAAGACAUCCAAGUUCGCCAUCUCACUCCCCAAGGCUCGGGUGGGGACCGAGGUUGAAGCGAAAGGGGUCGGAGAGGCAGGCCUGCUACCCGCUCUCGAUCUGUCCAUUCCGCAGCUCAGCCUGGAUGCCCAUCUGCCCACAGGCAAGGCGGAGGCGGCAGGGGCCGAUUUCAAGCUCAAGGGUCCCAGGUUCACCCUGCCCAAGUUUGGGGUCAGAGUCCGGGACACUGAGGCUGGAGAACUAGUGCCAGGGGUGUCCGAGUUGGAGGGCAAGGGCUGGGGUUGGGAUGGGAGGGUGAAGAUGCCCAAACUGAAGAUGCCCUCCUUUGGGCUGGCUCGGGGGAAGGAGGUGGAAAUCCAGGGUGGGCGUGUUAGCCCGGGAGAAAAGGCAGAAUUGAUGGUCGGGCAGCUUAAGAUCCCUGAGGUGGAACUGGUCACUCUGGGGGCCCAGGAGGAAGUGGGGGCAGAGGGGGCGGUGGCCGUCAGCGGAGCACGGCUAUCGGGCCUGCAAGUGUCCACAACCAGGCAGGCAGGCACUGAGGGCCAGGAGGAGGUGCGAAGGAUGCCCCUGGGCAUCUCUCUGCCUCAGGUGGAGCUGACCAGAUUUGGUGAGGCUGGCCUGGGUGCCACCUCGGGGCAGCAGGCUGAGAGUGCAGCCCCUUCAGCAGAGGGCACAGCAGGCUACAGGGUCCAGGUGCCUCAGGUGACCUUGUCUCUGCCUGAAGCCAAGGGAGAGGGUGGGGAGCUGUUGGUGGGAGAGGGCGUCUUCAAGAUGCCCACUGUGACCGUGCCCCAGCUUGAGCUGGAUGUGGGGCUGAGCCGAGAAGUGCAGGUGGGUGAGGCAGCCACAGAUGAGGGUGGGCUGAGGCUGAAGAUGCCCACAUUGGGGGCCAGAGCUGGGGCUGGGGUCGGGGGACCUGGAGACCAGCCCCCAGGGGCCGAACGAUCCUUCCACCUUUCACUGCCCAACCUGGAGCUCUCGCCUCCUGCCAUGGGCAGCCAUGCUGAGUACCAGGUGGUAGAGGGUGAGGGAGACGAUGGACACAAGCUCAAGGUUCGGCUGCCCCGGUUUGGCCUGGUGCGGGCCAAGGAGGGGGGUGAGGAGGGCGAGAAGGCCAAGAGCCCGAAGCUCAGGCUGCCCCGUGUGGGCUUCAGCCAGAGCGAGGCUGUUGCUGGGGAAAGCUCCCCCAGCCCUGAGGAGGACGAGGAGGAGGAGGAGGGCAGCAGGGAAGGGGCUUCUGGUCGCCGUGGCCGCCUACGAGUUCGCUUGCCUCGAGUGGGCCUGGCUACUUCUUCCAAGGCCUCUCGGGGGCAGGAGGGCGAGGCAGCCUCCAAGUCCCCUGGUGGGGAGAAGUCCCCCAAGUUCCGGUUCCCCAGGGUGUCCCUAAGCCCCAAGGCCCGGAGUGGGAGCAGGGACCGCGAAGAGGGUGGAUUCCGGGUCCGACUGCCCAGCGUGGGGUUUUCGGAGACAGGGGGCUCCAGGCCCCACCAGGGAUGGAGGGCACUCAGACUGGCUGUCAUCUGAAGCCCCAGGACAGGAGGGAGAC